GGAGCUCUAAGAUUUUUUUUCUUCUAGCGCACUUCCGGUGUGACAUUGGGAGGUAUAACUUUACCCUCGUAUUAAAUUAAAUUGCUGAAUUAUUUACCAACUCACUUGAAUAAUAUUCUGAUAUUUCAUCAAGGCAUUGAUAGUGUUUUCAACAAUCUAUCGGAAAUACUAGGAAGAUUACCCACAGUUGAAGUUCAAUUUUCGUUUAGAUCUUUAAUUCGUGUUUUCUCUGUCAAACAGAAACGAAUGGAACCCAUGCAGGUGGACGUUAUUCCAGAGGAAAAUGACAAUAUGAACUUUGAAAGUCAUAUUGUCGAAAAUCCCAAUAUUGACUUGGAGUCACUGAUUUCAAAUUUUAAUGGAUUGGCUAAAAUGUACCGGUUACAAUUUAUCGCUGAACAUUGUCCACCACUACGCGUGGAAGCUCUAAAGACGGCCUUACAAACUUGUAUGCAAACUUUAAAUACCAUUUUUUAUCAGCAAAUUAUACGGCAUAUAGAGUUGUCGGCCCCACAUGCGCUCCCAACUGACAAUGUUUGGCUAGAGAUGACCACCAAAAAAGCCGCUUUGAAAUUAGAAAAGCUGGACACAGAUUUGAAGAACUUUAAGUCUAAUUCGAUUAAAGAAAGUAUUAGACGAGGCCUAGAUGAUCUUGGGGAUCACUACUUAGACUGCGGUGAUUUGAAUAAUGCUCUAAAAUGCUUUUCAAGAGCAAGAGACUAUUGUACCGGCUCAUUGCAUGUUAUAAAUAUGUGUAUGAAUGUUAUUAAGGUGAGCGUGUACCUUCAAAAUUGGUCUCACGUCCUCAGCUACGUUAAUAAAGCCCAAGGAUCUUGUACCAGUGAUAUAGAAGAUAAUCAUCGAAAUGUCGUUACCCGCCUGAAAUGUGCAUCCGGUCUAGCUGAACUUUGUCUUGGAAAGUACAAAUCGGCAGCAAAAUCUUUUCUUCAAGCUUCGUUUGAUUUUUCUGAGAUGCCUGAUUUAAUUAGCGCUAACAAUAUAGCCGUUUAUGGCGUCCUCACAUCUUUAGCUACCUUCGAUAGGCAGGAAUUGCAAAGACUUGUCCUAAGUUCUGCUUCCUUUAAACUCUUCUUGGAGUUGGAACCUCAGCUUAGAGAAGUUCUCUACGACUUUUAUAACUCCAAGUACGCCCAAUGCCUAAGCACCUUGGAUAGGAUGAAAGAUGGGUUGCUAUUAGACUUGUACCUUGCCCGUCAUGUCGACGUUUUAUACAAUGAGAUAAGAAAGCGAGCUUUGAAACAAUAUUUCCGACCGUAUACGAGCGCCAAUAUGCACAAGAUGGCAGCAGCCUUCAAUACCACUAUCUCUGCUCUGGAAGAUGAGCUUAUGAAAUUGAUAUUGGAUGGUCAAAUAAAUGCUAGAAUAGACAGUAAAUUAAAGAUUUUGUACGCUAAAAGUGUUGAUGAACGAAAGACAACUUUUGAAAAAGCUCUUCAAGUAGGCAAAGAAUACGAAUGGAGAAUGAAGUCUCUUCUGGUAAGAAGUGCAGUUUUAAGAGCUGGUUUGCAAGUAAAAAGCGGACAGGGAACCAGAGAUUGUCCAAUAGGUGGCGAUAUGCAUAUUUCAAGCAGGCAUUAAACUAUCUGAUUAUUAAACACUUAUCAUUUUAUUUUUUUGCAAUUAUUUACGCAUUAAAAAUAAAAGUUGCUUGUAAUGAAUAACAAAA